CCGGGGCGGCCCCGCCAUGCGGCGGUACGUGCCGGUGUCCCGGCAGCAGCUGGCCUGGGCGCUGGGCGGCAGCAGCGUGGUGGUGAAGGCGCUGAGCGGCGCCGUGGUGCUGCUGUACGCGCUGUCCUUCGGCCUGGACACGGCCUACGGGCUGGCCGUGACGCCCGGCUUCCUGCUGCCGCCCGGCUGCUGGCUCUGGACGCUGCUGACCCACGGGCUGGUGGAGCAGCGCGCGGCCGCCGUGGCGCUCAGCCUGGGCACGGUGGCGGCGGCCGGGCGGCUGCUGGAGCCGCUGUGGGGGGCCCUGGAGCUGCUGGUGUUCUUCGCGGCCGUCAACGCGGCCGUGGGGCUGCUGGGGGCCUGCGCCUACUGCCUGGCCUACGCCGCCACCUUCCGCCUGGCCUACCUGUUCGACGUGCGCAUCCACGGCGCGCCGGGCUUCCUGGCGGGCGUGCUGGUGGCCCUCAAGCAGACCAUGGGCGACAGCACGGUGCUGCGGGUGCCGCAGGUGAGGGUGAAGGCCGUGCCCAUGCUGCUGCUGCUGCUGCUGGCCGCGCUGCGGCUCGCCGCCCUCGUCGAGAGCCAAGUGCUGGUCUCCUACGGCUUCGGGCUGCUGUCCAGCUGGGUCUACCUGCGCUUCUACCAGCGACACAGCCGGGGCCGCGGGGAUAUGUCCGACCACUUCGCCUUCGCCACCUUCUUCCCCGAGAUCCUGCAGCCCGUGGUGGGGCUGGCGGCCAACCUGGUGUACGGCCUGCUGGUGAAGGCGAGGGUCUGCCGGAAGACGGUGAAGCGCUACGACGUGGGCGCCCCCUCGUCCAUCACUAUCAGCCUGCCGGGAACGGACCCCCAGGACGCCGAGAGGAGAAGGCAGCUGGCCCUGAAGGCGCUGAACGAGCGGCUGAAGCGCGUGGAGGACCAGACGGCGUGGCCCAGCAUGGAGGAUGAGGAGGAGGAGGUGGUGGUGAAGAGCGAGGGCCCGCCGCCCGCCGAGGCCACCGCAGCGGGGAAGGCGGCCGGCCACGAGAGCAGCCUGAUCACCUUUGAGGACGCCCCGUCCCAGCCCUGACCUGCGGCCGUGCCGGCCCCGUCCUCCCUGCCCAGCUCCGCGGGAGAGCCGCCAACGCCCCUGCGGGGACGCUCCUGGCCCGGGGACAGGGGCUGCCUCACCCCAGCGCCGAGGGCCUGACCGCCGCGGGGCUCUGCCUCUCGCUGCCCCCCGGCGUGGACGGGGGCUCCCGCGGGGAGGUGGAUGCCUGCACCGGGAGCUUUGUUCCGGAGGGAGACCUCGGGCUGGCCCCCUGCUCCGAGGCCACGAAGGGACCUCACGGCACCCCGGGAGCCAAGUCAGCGAGUGGCACCGCGCUUCCUCGCUUCUCUGCACUCGAAACUUCGUUUUCUCCUUUCUCGAUUUAGUUUUGUUCCUGAUCUCGGGAACGGGAAGGCUCGGGGGGCAUUU